AUGUUGUGCAUUGGCACAGUUUUUGUGCAUGCACAAUCGUCUGAGGCUUCUGACCCUUCGUCAGUUGCCCCAGCAGCAGAGGUUUCUCCGGAUAACGGUGCAAGCAGCAGUAAAGAAUCUUCACCUGCACCAGACGAUGCUUCUGUUGGCACAGAUGCACCCGCUGCGGAGGAAGAGAAUGCUGGGAGCACAGAGGAACCCGCUACCGCGUCACCGCAACCCACAGAACCGCCAGUCGCACCUGUUUCGGACACGGCGCCACCAGGUGGAGCUGAUGCUGGGGCGACUCCUGCGCCAGCGUCGUCCGCCAAACCUGUACCUGAAGCAGGGAGUACAGAAUCGCCUUCCGUUGAUCCCAUAGCACGGACUCCACCAUCUGAAGGCUCCACAGCUUCGCCAGCCACGGCCGGCACAUCCGCCAAACCUGUACCCGAAGCAGGGAGUACAGAAUCGCCUUCCGUUGCUCCCGUGGCACGAACUCCACCAUCUGAAGGCUCCACAGCUUCACCAGCCACGGCGGGCACAUCCGCCCCCGUUACAGAGGCACAGACCAAUGCUCCCGGACUACAAUACUACGUCAUGCCGUACUACCCAAAUAAUGCGUACUCUCAAGUGAUGAAUAUUUAUCCGCAAUAUGGUUAUUACGGC